UAAUUCGCAGGUGUUCCAGGCUAACGUUCUGCGAACCCGCAGGAACAGCACCACAGUUAUGAAUCGUCACAGUCUGUUUGUGCCAUCAUCUCCUAUCCGUAUUCCUAGCAGCCGUCUUCAUCAGAUCAAACAAGAAGAAGGAAUGAAUUUGAUGAACAGAGAAACAGUACAUGAAAGAGAAGUGCAAGUAGCAAUGCAGAUGAGCCACUCAUGGGAGGAGAGCUUGAGCCUGAGUGACAAUGAUUUUGAAAAAUCAUCAUCACCAAAGCAAGUCGACUUUGUCCCAGUUUCUCCAGCUCCUUCACCUACCAGAGGAAUAGGGAAGCAAUGUUUCUCACCAUCUUUGCAAAGUUUGGUGAGUAGCAGUGGGUUACCUCCAAGUCCCAGCCCAAGUCCAACAAGGCGGUUUUCAAGCAGGAGAAGCCAGAGUCCCAUAAACUGCAUUCGACCAAGUGUUCUUGGGUCAAUAAAAAGAAAAGGUGUAACAGAGAUAGAAGAUCAUCCAAAAAGAUUAUUCCAAGGAUCCACCAACAUGCUUACCUCUGAAGUUUCACAUCAGGCGGACUUUGGGGGAUGUCUGUCGUCUCAUGCACUUGAUGACAACAGAAGCAGUGCAGGCUCUUCCUGUGACUCACCAGCUGAAGUUGGCACCAACACAGACUCUCCAGUCUCACUUUCUGACUCCAGAUCUCCUUUUUUACCAGUAGAUCUUACGGCUAAGUUGCCCAUUAAUUGAGAAGAAGUCAUCUGCUAAUGGACACCAAGAAACAGGCUGGAUAUCAACAAGACUUUCUGUUGUGUGUAACUGAUUCUGUUCCUCAUAGGAACUUCCAGAAAUGUCAUUAUUUCUAGAAAACUUCCAGAAUAGUUCCUUGAGGAGGAAUGCACGUUUCUAGUGAUUUGUAUGACAUUUACUAAAAUACAGUAAGCAUUUGAAUUGCAAACAUUUGAUGCUAACAUCA